GCCCACGUGACCCGAAUAUUGAGCAGCCGAUGCCUUUCAGAAAUUACCCCCAAAGUACGUCGCAAGGAAAAUCUACAGCCAACGAACCGUAUCAAAAUGUAUACAUUCAAUCAGGCAAUACAGUUACGCGAAGUAUAUUGCCUCGAAGCAUCGUAUUUCAGCCAGUGAAUUCGGCGCCGGUAGCACGACCGAACAUUACUGGAAGCGAGCAGGGGUGUCAGCGGCAGCUUGGAGAGCGCAGGAAUCCGUUACCCCCGACAUCCCCGCCCUCUCCAAAUCCUAUGUCUGAUGGCUUCGGUUCGAAUAACGCUAGACAAGAAUUUGUACCUCAGGCUGCCCCUGACAAUUUAGACUGCUUUGAUAGUGCAAUGGAAGCCUUCGCCUGUCGGGCCGUCCCCCAAGGUUCGGACUUCAACGACCUUGGCAAUGUAAACGACGAAAUGCAGCUGUUCGCAUCUCAGGACGCAGUCGCUCUCGGCUUUGAAAAUUUUGGCAGUGCAAACUAUGAAAUGCAGCAGUUCGCAUCUCAAGGCGCCAAUCUCUAUGCUUCGGAGAGUACAGCGUAAUCCAAAGUUUAUAUUUGGUUUAAUAAUAAAAAAUUUAUAACUUAAUACAAUGCCUACAAUGAUCCACUGCGGAAGUCU